AUGGGGCCAAUGAAAUACAAGUCAGGCGUGUCCUCAGUGUCCUGUGGUCUGCAGUAUCACCAUUCGCUGGUGAAGUGGAGCCCAAAAAUGAAUGUACACGUUGUGCGGACUUACUGCUCCUCAGCACCAAAGAGGCCUGAAGCCAAGUCUGCGGUGGAGGUGGCCUUGGGUCUCCUGAACAGGCUGACAGAGGCUGGCACUGCUGUGGGGAAAAACUCCCUCCAAAAGGUGUCGGCAACUUGCAAGAGCUGGUGGGACAGAUAUGAAGAGUUUGUGGGAAUUAACGAAGUUCGAGAGGCUCAGGGAAAAGUGACGGAGGCUGAAAAUGUCUUUAUGAUUGCUCGAGGGAUAGUACGAGAGGCUCGUGAAAAUGUAGAAGCCCAACAGAUGAAACUGAAGGAAAUUCGGGACCGCUUAGACAGGGUCUCUCGGGAGGACACCCAGUAUUUAGAGCUGGCUACUCAGGAACACAGGUUGCUGCAGGAAGAGAAGAGAUACCGAGCUGCAUAUUUAAAUGCAGAAGAGUCUGAGAGAGAAAAAUUCUCUCUCUUCUCUGCAGCUGUAAGGGAAAGCCAUGAGAAAGAGCGAACAAGAGCUGAAAAAACAAAGAACUGGUCUAUUAUUGGUUCUGUACUGGGAGCCAUUAUAGGUGUUCUCGGUUCCACCUAUGUUAAUCGAGUUAGGCUGCAAGAAUUGAAAGUCUUGGUGCUUGAAGCACAGAAGGGCCCAAUAAAUUUGCAAGAAGCCAUCAAAGAACAGGCCUCCAGCCAUCACUUACAGCAGAAGGAUCUCAGUGAUGCUAUAGCAGACCUGAAGAACUUGCUGCAAACAAGGACAUCACAGGAAAUAAAAGAAGGCUCUUUGUUAACUAGAGAAAACAAGGAUGACUCCAAAAAAAUAGAUUCUCUUUUAAUUCCUUUAAAAGAACAGCUAAACUACACUAAACAAGUGAGUUCAUGCCUGGAGAGUUUACAGCAGCAGCUGAGCAGCCUGCAGGAAAGCGUAGCACGGAUGGUUUCCGAGGUGCAGAGUGUCAAACUCCUGGUCCACUCGAGACCUCCAGAAAGAGUGACAGCAAGGUCAUCGGCGGAGGGCAAGGGCCAGGGCCAGGCUUCUGCCGUGAGGGACGUCAUCCUGGAGCUGUGUGAGACAGAGAGGAGGCUGGAAACACAGAUCAAGAGAAAUUCUAUUUACAGCACUGCGGCGACAUGUGCUAUGUUCGCUGUUACUUUGCCAGUACUCUAUAUUAUCCUUAAGGGGAACUGA